UUUCAGGUGUGGCUUUAAUUUUUUGCACGUUGAAAUACAAUCACCACAGUACUGAGAUGAGUUCUAUUGGAACAGGGUAUGAUCUCUCAGCUUCAACUUAUUCCCCGGAUGGGCGAGUAUUUCAAAUAGAAUAUGCUUCAAAAGCACUUGAAAACAGCGGUACUGCAGUUGGUUUGAGGUGUAAAGAUGGCGUUGUUUUUGCCGUUGAAAAACUAGUGAUGUCAAAGCUUCAUGAGGCAGGAUCUGACAGGAGGAUAUUCACUGUUGACAAUCACGUUGGGAUCGCUUCAGCUGGUUUGAUAGCAGAUGCCAGAAAGGUUGUGAGAAGAGCAAGAAAUGAAGCAUCAAACUUUAGAUUCAUGUUGAAUGAAGCAAUACCAAUAGAGCAUCUGAUUGAUAGAGUCUCUGGUUACGUUCAUGCCCACACCCUCUACAGUGCUGUACGUCCGUUUGGGUUUAACCUUAUGUUUGGUAGCAGUGGUCCAGAAGGACCAAGACUCUAUAUGAUUGAUCCAUCAGGAGUUUACUGGGGUUAUUUUGGUUGUGCAAUUGGUAAAGGGAAGCAAGCAGCAAAGACAGAAAUUGAAAAAUUGAAAUUACAAGAGUUGACUUGUAGGGAAGCUAUCAAUGAAGCAGCUAAAAUUAUAUACAAAGUCCAUGACGAAGUGAAGGACAAAGCCUUUGAACUGGAGCUUAGUUGGGUAGGAGAAGUAAGUAAAGGAUUCCACCAGCUGGUGCCUGAGGAUGUCUUUGCAGCAGCAGAACAAUUUGCAAAGGAUGCUGUGAAGGAGACCGAUUCUGAGGAGGAAGAUUUAUAAAUACGUCACAGUAAUAAUUUAACUAAAGACACCAUCUCUCCUUCUCUCUUAUUAAUUAUUCUUAUAAUUAUUACCAUAGUUAUUAUUAUUAUUGUUGUUAUUAUUAA